AUGUCGUCUCCUGCAUCUCAGGGCUGGGUGGCCAGGCUGUCUGGCCUCCUUGUGCUCUUCACUCUCUUCCAGAGUAUCGCAGCUCAGGAUCUCGGCCUCAAACUUGACAAACAUGCCCGGGACAAAGAGCAGCAUAUUCUUUACUCCUCUAAGCUCACCUUCACUAGAGACACCACAACACUUUUCAACGACGACCAACUCUAUGGGCUUGCUGAUCUAGCUUAUACCCAAAUGCAGGCCAAGUUUAACGCUGAUCACAUCAGGGCACAGGACCAGCCCGCCAUGAUAGCUGUUAUGGCCGUCGAAAACAACAUCUUUAUCUCGUCUAGCCAGAAGGGAGACGGCCCUUCUCUGUACGGCUACGGCCCUCGGCAUCCCAAACCACGAGUCGUCGCUGCCCUUGACCGGUGCCAAGCCAGACUACAGAGCCAAAAGAAUGUCCCGGUUAACCAGAAGCAUCGAACCGAGGCCGGCUGUGCGGAGAUUUUCGCUGUUCACCAGGUAGGUCCUGCUCCCUCUGCUACCAAGUCCUUCCCACUGAUAAACACGCCAAUUACCGACUCCUUCGUCUUAACACCUCCUUAG